AUUUGAACUCCAAUAUAUCAAUUCGUACUGAAGCUAUUCGGGUGAGCUGUGGGGCUUGCUCCCGCCAUUGAAGCUCGACCACGGCCAAACAUCGGGUUGCUGGGGCAAGGGUGGAGGAAAACGCCAAGCACCACCGGAGUAGGGUCAGACCGGCCUCCGGAUCGCCCGCCGUCGAUUAUACUCGCAGCGAAUCAGGCUCCUUGCCUCCCGCCAUGGCCGUUGCGGAUACCAGCAAGAGGAUAGCUGAGGCGCAGAAGCUGGCGAAGACGGAGCCGGCCAAAGCAGAGCAGAUAUACAAGGAAGUGCUGUCGACAACCCCGGGCUCGAAUGAUGCAGCAAUCAAGAAUUACGAGACGGCUCUGGUGGGACUCGGAGAGUUGUUCCGCGACCAGAGGAGGGUGGACGCGCUCGCCGAGCUGGUUAGGCAAACACGGUCAGUGCUGUCGUCUUUUGCCAAAGCAAAGACCGCCAAACUGGUCCGGCAACUCCUCGAGCUCUUCACCACCAUCCCAAACACCACCGAUAUCCAGAUCGCCGUGACCAAGUCGUGUAUAGAAUGGGCCGUCUCGGAGCGGAGGGGAUUCUUGCGCCAGAAUCUGGAGACCCGCCUGGUGUCUCUCUACAUGCAGAAGCAGUCCUACUACGAUGCUCUCAACCUCAUCAAUAGCCUGCUCAAGGAGUUGAAGCGCCUAGACGACAAGCUGGUUUUGGUCGAGGUACAACUGCUGGAGUCAAGAGUCUACCAUGCGCUCGGCAACAUUCCUAAGGGACGAGCCGCCCUCACUUCGGCACGCACAUCUGCCGCCUCCGUCUAUACACCACCUUUACUCCAAGCCGGAUUAGACAUGCAAAGUGGGAUGUUGCACGCCGAGGAUAACGAUUUCAACACGGCAUUCUCGUACUUCAUUGAGGCAAUGGAGGGGUAUCACUCGCAGGAGGAAACACAGAAGGCAACAUCAGCACUUCAGUACAUGCUCCUCUGCAAGAUCAUGCUCAAUCUUGGCGAUGACGUGACGUCGCUCAUGACCUCGAAGCACGCGAUCAAAUACGCAGGAAAGAGUCUGGACGCCAUGAAGGCCGUAGCACGAGCACAUACGAACCGGAGUCUGGAAGAGUACGAAACCGCCCUCAGCAACUUCCAACAGGAGCUCGGAAGCGACCGCUUCGUUGCUCGUCACCUCAGGCGCUUGUAUGACAACAUGCUCGAGCAGAAUCUCAUCAAGGUCAUUGAGCCUUUUAGCAGAGUGGAGAUUGACCACGUCGCGAAGAUGGUUGGGCUGGAUACCGUGCAGGUGGAGCGCAAGCUUUCGCAGAUGAUUCUUGAUAAGGUGAUUAUUGGAGUGUUGGACCAGGGUUCAGGUUGCUUGAUCGUUUAUGAUGAGUCUGAGCGUGAUCAGGCUUACGAUGCCGCCCUGGAGACGAUAGAGAAGCUUAGCAAUGUGGUGGAUGUCUUGUACACGAAUCAAGCAUCAAUGCUUGAGUAGAGGACUACCGAAACAUGAGCAAAAGCAGCUGUGUACAAUAAUGCUAUAGAGCUCGAACGGACUACAUAUGCAUUGAGUUCUCG